AUGAGGACUACAUUGUUAGUGUACAUUGUGUUAAUAAAAGGUGCAAUGACAUCUAAUAAUAAUAUAUUUCUUAGCAAUAAUUAUUCAGAACCAAAACCAUGUCUAAACUACUGUGAUGAUCAUUUUCCUCAAACUGGAUAUCCUUUGAAAAGCAGAAUUUUGGAUGUCAUGUUGAAAACUCCAAUGUAUCAGUUCGAAAAGCCCACACCAAAUAUAUUUGCAUCGUUCAAAGAUAAUUACGAACUGCCAAAAGAAUUCAAAGGUCCUUUGAAGGAAUACGACUUCAUUAUAGUAGGAGCAGGAUCUGCAGGGAGUGUACUGGCUUCGAGACUGAGUGAAGGAAAACAAGUCUCGGUACUCCUUCUGGAGGCUGGCCAAGGAGAGGCUAUUCUCACAGGAGUACCCAUUCUGGCACCAAUGUUACAACGAACUAAUUACGUAUGGCCUUACCUCAUGGAGUAUCAGCCAGGAGUAUGCAUGGGUAUGGAAAACGGCCGUUGUUUCUGGCCACGAGGAAAAGCAGUCGGUGGCACAAGCGUCGUCAACUAUAUGAUUUACACAAGAGGAUUCAAGGAAGACUGGGACCGAAUAGCCGCUAAAGGAAAUUAUGGAUGGUCAUACGACGACGUUAUCCCGUAUUACAUUAAAUCCGAGAGAGCAAAACUUCGUGGAUUAAACAAAUCCCCGUGGCACGGGAAAGAUGGCGAGCUGAGCGUAGAGGAUGUUCCUUUUAGAUCAAAACUAUCAAAAGCAUUUAUGGACGCUGCAAAAUUAUUAGGACAGAGACAAGUCGACUAUAACAGCCCAGACAGUUUUGGUUCGAGCUACAUUCAAGCAACAAUAAGUAAAGGAAUACGAGCGAGUAGCGCAAGAGCAUUUCUUCACAAUAACAAGAAAAGAAAGAACCUUCACAUCUUGACGAACAGUAGAGUGACAAGAGUUAUUAUAGACCCAUACACAAAAACGGCUAUCGGUGUGGAGUUCGAAAGGGAGGGAAAAAUGUAUAAUAUAACAGCUAGAAAGGAAGUCAUACUUAGUGCUGGCCCCAUCGAAUCACCUCAUUUACUCAUGUUAUCAGGGAUAGGACCCAGGGACCACCUUCAAAGCAUGGGAAUUGAUGUUAUACAAGAUCUUAGAGUUGGAGAAUCGCUAUACGACCACAUAUCUUUCCCGGCUUUAGCAUUCACUUUGAACGCGACGAGAUUGACUUUGGUAGAAAGAAAACUUGCUACGUUGGAUAAUGUUGUCCAGUACACACAGUAUGGCGACGGACCGAUGUCUUCUUUGGCUGGAGUAGAAACUUUAGGAUAUAUUAAAACAGAAGUAUCUGAUGAACCUGGUGAUUAUCCUGACAUUGAACUCUUGGGUAGCUGCGCUUCUCUGGCGUCAGACGAAGGCGAUAUAGUAGCUCGGGGGAUAAGAAUGGCAGAUUGGCUAUACAAUGACGUUUAUAGACCAAUAGAGAAUGUAGAAAGUUUUACAAUACUUUUUAUGCUUUUACAUCCGAAAUCUAAAGGACACUUAAAGUUAAAAUCUAAAAAUCCAUUUGAACAACCAAAUCUCUACGGCAACUAUUUAACACAUCCUAAAGACGUAGCGACCAUGAUUGCAGCUAUUCGAUACAUACUACGAUUAGUAGACACCCCGCCUUAUCAAAAAUAUGGAGCUACAUUACAUACUAAAAAAUUCCCUAAUUGUAUGUCAUACCAAUUUAACAGUGACGCUUAUUGGGAGUGUGCUAUUAGAACGGUUACGUCAACACUUCACCACCAAAUCGCGACAUGUAAAAUGGGCCCCCCGCAAGACCCUGAAGCAGUUGUCGACCCCGAGUUACGAGUUUAUGGAAUAAAAAAACUACGAGUUAUAGACUCAGGGGUUAUACCUCAAACAAUAGUAGCACACACUAACGCACCCGCUAUUAUGAUAGGGGAGAAGGGCGCGGAUUUAAUAAAACGUACAUGGGGUCUGCUCUAG